AUGGAUUGGCACCGCGCCUGCCGGCGAAAUCGGUGUCGGUGCCAAAGGGCUGGUGCUAGCCUGAUCGAAUGUCCGUCGUUCGAAGCGGAACAUCGACCGCCAGCCGUCCCAGACAGCCUGGUGCCAACGCCAACGUCUUACCGUAGUCCAGUCGCUGAUCGAUUCGACUGCCUCUCGUCGAUCCGACCGCCAGGCGCCUUCUACUCCGUAAUUUCGUUGUGA